AUGGCGGCAGCCUCGUCCAUCCAGCCGCCGAGCGUGCACGCUUCUCUGGCCCGGGACAGGUCUCUGUGCCCGGGCACGGCGAGCCCCGAGAACCGGGGUCCGGAGGAUGAGGAGGCGGCUGCUGCUGCUGCUGCUCGCUCCGACGCGCGGAUUACCCUCCGCGACCUGCCGGACCUGGAGCCGGAGGAGAUCGAGAGGAGGCUGGCCAAAACUCGCCAGGAGCUGAGCAACAGGAGGAAGAUCCUCAUGAAGAACCUGCCGCCGGACGCCACCAACCAGGAAGUCCAUGAAAUUCUGAAGGAAUAUGAGCUGAAGUACUGCUUCGUGGACCGCAACAAAGGCACAGCCUUUGUGACUUUGCUGAACGGGGACCAGGCUCAGGAUGCCAUCCGCUCCCUCCACCACAGCACUGUCCGAGGACGCCUGAUCAACGUCACGCUGCAGCCCACCGACUCGCUGCUGUGCCUCACCAACCUGCCCCACACCUUCACCGCGCAGCAGUUCGAGGAGCUGGUGCGCUCCUACGGAAACAUCGAGCGCUCCUUCCUGGUGUACAGUGAUCUCACCGGCCACUCCAAAGGCUACGGGUUUGUGGAGUACAUGAAGAAGGACUCUGCUUCCCGGGCCCGCUCCGAGCUGCUGGGGCGCCCAAUGGGCGACCGCACGCUGAUGGUGCAGUGGAUGGAUGUCAACCAGCUGAGCCAAGAGGAGAACCUGCACUCCAAGUGUUUGUGUGUGGACCGUCUACCAGUGGACUUCUGCGACUCCGAAGAGUUGACCCAGUUUUUCUCCGAAACCUACAAACCCGUCUUCAGCCAGCUCGCCCAGGAUGAGGGCAGCUCAGUGCGAGGCUUCGGCGUGGUGGAGUACGAGAGCUCAGAGCAGGCCGAGGCCGUGCUGACGGAGAUGGACCGGACGCCAGUGGGAGGACAGGAGGUCCGUCUGUCGCUCUGUACUCCCGGCACCUCGGGGAGAAGCACCUUGGCCGCUCUCAUCGCCGCCCAGGGUAUGAUCCUGAGUAACAGGAAAGGGUUGCUACCAGAACCAAACCUGGCUCAGCUGCUGACCAGUAUGACCAACCCAGCGGCCCUGCAGAUUCUCAUGAGACCAUACCAAAGUGGGAAAAGAGGAGGGAAGUUCGGGCGUCACGCCGGCCUGCCGUUCCUCAGACCUCCUCUCACUUCGGCUCUGCUCACGCUGGGGAAAGCACAACAGAACGCUAUGGUCGGUAAUGGACUUGUCCUUCAGAACCUCCUGCACAUGCAGCUCGCACAGCAGCAGCUUCUUCACAUCAAAGACAAGCGCAUCAGCAGCGUUUCCAGCCUGCUCGGGGACCCGUCCAGACUGCUGAUGCAGAAAGCGCUGUCUCUGCGGCCUCCGGGUCUCAUUCCGCUGGGGAAAGGCUUGCUCGGAGACUCCCCUGCAGAAUUGGCCCAGGAACCAGUGCCGGUAUCCACCCACAACGGUGGAGGACUGGUGUCGGCAGCAGGAGUGAUGCCGUACCUUCAAGGCCGAGCCGGAGGAGCGGGAGACCUGAGCAUCGCUCACUCUGUGUCUGCGACCCCUUCUGCUUCCUCCUCCUCUUAUUCCUCCUCCACCACAGCCUGUGACAAGCAGCCAGCUCCUCCUGGGACCAUGGUGAGCUCCCAGCUGCAGGGACAGAGCUAUUCCUUAGCUAUAAGUAACCCGGGCCUCGGCCCACCUCCACCUAAACCCCCCGGAGGAGUUUACACAUCAGCAGGCCAGCACAACAGCUCAGACGGCAGCAGCCUGACUAACAUGGUAAACAGUGGGCAGAGCUCCUUGUUGGGAGAUCCUCCCAAAGAGGUCCGACUGCCCUCUAACCCGUACCUGAACCUGGCCAGCGUCAUGCCAGGAGUCAUUCUGCAAGGAUCCGUGGGGGGCAAGGCUCAGGGGGGACAGCCUGGCACGGGGAUGUACGGCAGCCCGGUUACUCCUGCUGUCUCCCAGGGUUCCAGCUCCUUCUCCCACAAUGCAACAGCCACCACCCUCGCCCCGUACAGCUCCGAGUCGCCCGCUGACUACAGUCAGUACAACCAGGCCUACACGCAGGACGCCAUGCAGCAGUGGUACCAGCAGUACCAGGCAGCUCAGGCUCACGGAUACACCAGUGCUGCUCCGCAGGACAGCACGGCUGCAGAAUACAGCAAGGAGCACGCUCAGACUCCUGCAGCAACCACCUACGGAGAUUACAGUUCCUACAUGCAGGCUGUCACUCAGUACUACUCACAGCCUGCGACGGCCACCCAGGCCUACGCCAGCAAGGAGGUGGAUGUGUGCAAGCCUCUCGGAGUGCCCUUGCACGCGGUCAGUAACGGCGCGGCUCCUCCUCCGGCCGUGCUGCCGGCCGCCGCCGUGCUCCCGGCGUACAGCGCUCUGCCGCUGGUGCCCGGGUUCCUCGGGGCGCCGCACCCGGCAACGGCAACGCCGGGCACCGUGCCGCACCCCCACACCGCAGCCACCGACUGGAACGCCUACUACUAUAACCAGACGAGGGGCGUGAAGCGGGAGUAUCCUCAGCUGGCGGUGCAGGAGGUCCCGUCGUCGGAGGGCGCCUACAUCGGCCAGCACUCCCAGGGCCUGGGGGGGCAGUACGCCGACUACUUCAAGAGGAAGAGGCUGUAAACCAACCCACCCACCUUAAAGCCUGCAGCCGGGGGAGGGAGGCACGAGCAGCUGGGUGCUGCAGCGCCCUCUAGUGGCCUUUCUGCGACUGCCGUUUUGCAUCCCAGCGGUUGGUAAUAAAGUCAAGUUCGGGUUGCAAACGGCUCGAGUGAAAGCAAGCCAUAGUGCUCUUUCUUUUUUCCUUUUUCUCUGAUUUCGGCACUCAUGUACACUUAAAUGCACACAUAGAUACACACGCGUUGCUUUUGUCCUGUUCAAGCCUUAAACUAUUUAACUGAAACUUGUUUCUCAGUCAGUGUUAACUGUAUUUAACUAAUAUUACCUUGUGCAUUGUUUUGUUUUUCUUUCCUAAUAUAUUGUAAACUAAAGUGUAUUGUAUCUAGAAGCGGUGUUGCGGUCAGGUGCGUCUGCCUCUCUCUCUCUCUCUGUCCUGAAGACGGAGAUCCGUCAGUCCGACUGACGUCUGUUUGUUCCUGCUUCACUGCCUUUUAUUACCCAGGUUCCUCUGAAUCUCUCCGCUCAGAGCAGGAGCCCGUGUGUGUGUGUGUGUGCGUGUGUGUGUGUGUGUGUGUGUGUGUGUGUGUGUGUCACUAUGCUGUAUCUGUAGGAAGUGUCAGCCAUUACAAUCCCAAACUUUGGGAGCACAUCAGGAAAAAAUAAUAGAAAAGGACCUGAACUAAUUGAAGCUUUGACUUGUGGUGACUAGUUUAACCGACGGACCGUUGUCAUGAACACUGAGGGUGAAGGAAAAGGAAAAAAGGCUGUGUAAAUACUGCAGUGUAGUACAGAAUAUAUGAAGCCAUGCGUAAUAGACAAUAUAAUAAAAUAAUGGGUGUUUCCACGCUCUUUUUCAGGGCGGUGUACAACAUGAGUGGAAAUAAUUUACUAAAUGUUGACUUCUUUGUUUGGGUUUUUUUUUUUUGGUUAUUCUGCAGUAUAUUGUUAUAUAUUUGUAAUAUAAUAUCGUUCCAAGGCAAUUUAAGUAAUUGAUUAAUGCUGAAUCACGAUGUAUGGACAUAAAUGUGUUUGUUUUGUCUGGUUUUUAACUUUUGAACCAAAUAUAAGGGCCCAGUCCUCCUCCUCUUCUUUUCUUUUAUUUUCCAUCUUUUUUUUUGUUUAUUUUAUUCAUUUUUAUUCUUUCCAGUAUAAGUUUUAUUGGAGCUUUUUUUGGUUAACAUUUCAGGCCGUGCUGCACGCCGGUUACUAAUGCGGAGCGGGGCAGCAGAAAUGAAGCUCACACGUGUCGCUCUUAGAAAUUAAAAAUUUUAAUUGAAGGCAGUGAAACAGGUCCAAGAGCAAAGAAAGGUAUUAUAUAUAUAUAUAUAUAUAUAUAUAUAUAUAUAUAUAUAUAUAUAUAUAUAUAUAUGAAUAUGAUUUCUGUGGCAGUAUUUAAUUGGAAGCGACAUUUGAAUGUCCACAGUGCAAAUUAUUGCAUAAUUUCCUGUUUUCUUAAACAGAACUGAGUUUGAACUUAAAAAGAAAAGAAAACAUGAUUUGUGCGCAGAGCUGCAGCACUUGACACUGAAACAUUUACGUGGUUUUCUGGACAAGAAGCUACUUUUGCAGAAAACAUUGAUGUUGAUGGGCAAAGAGAGUAAACUGUCCUUUUUUUUCUUUCUUUCUAAAGAGAAACAACUAUUUGUUGUUUCUUUUUUUUCUUUUCAAUGACUAAAUAAUAGUUUUCCCCCUUUCCCUACCCUUUUGUACCGCUGCCGUCAGGGUGCAGGGGGGGGUUGUUCAUCAGAGGAGAGGGCUUGUUAUCUUCAUGUUACAGCGCAGACGUUGCUAUAACGACCGGCAAUAACUCCAGCUCCUCCGGCUGAAGAUGGAUGAAUGUACAAGUUGUUUCAUUUAGCAUUUUGGACGUUUUUAGCCUCGACACACUGGUGCCAGACGGUGCACGUUGUUCCGGCUUCGUCCGUCUUUGUAUCUUCACAUUCUGCUCACUAUUAUCUGAUUUAUAUAUUUCUGAGCAGGAUAUUACUCACCGUGUCACCGUGGCAACAACACAACACUGACAAACCAAUAGCACAGGAUAAAGGCAUCAGUUAGGUGGUGCAGUCUUGUUUGCGGUGAGGUGGCUGGAAGAGGCGGCGGCGCGAUGAUGAAAGGGCUAAACGUUAAUCUAAGGGCAAUAAAAGGACACGGACGCGUCCUGCUGGUUCUCGUGAACUCUUUCGCCACAAAGGUUUUGUUUGUGGAGGAGACAAAGAAGUGCAGAGGACGUGAAACUUUUGCACAAAUCUUUAGCACGGUUAUGUGACGGUACAGUUGGUGUGCAGGUUUCGUGUGACUCAUCUUCUCGUUUUUGUGCGUUCAGCAUCUCUAAUUUGCUCACUGACCCAUUUUGGAAGUGUCUUUCCACACCUUUUGUGUUUGUUUUCCUCACAUGCAGACGACAUCAGAGCUCUUCAUAACACGUGUUACGUUCAGAUUUGUUCCCAUUAUUA